GUUUUUGGAUAAUAUCUGGAGCCUGCAAUUCGAGUUUAUUACUCAGAGUGUCGCCCUUGACUAGUCUUUCCCUUUAACAUCAUCCUUCCUCCCACUGCUUUAAUAUUAAAAUUACGAUUACAUCCAGAAAGACCAGUGUCUGCGAGUCUUUGGAAACCUUGCUGGAAGACAUAUCUUAAAUAGAGGCUUGUCGUAUACAGAAACUUAGUUUUUGCUUGUAUUGGAUGGUUUGAUUACCUGUACAGAGACACAUAUCACGUUGAUGUCAUGGGAUUUAAAAUGGUUUUCUCGCCGUCGAUAAUAUUCUGUUUGGCAUUGAUCUUUGUCUUUCUCCAUGCAUGUCAUGGCGACUUGAGCUAUUCGGUUCCAGAAGAGAUGAAGAAAGGAUCUGUGGUUGGAAAUAUAGCGAAGGAUCUUGGCCUUGAUGCAAAGGGACUUUCUUACCGGGAGUCUCGUUUGGAUACGGAGGAUAAUGACAAACGCUUGUGUGACAUAAAUCUACAAACUGGCGAACUCUUUGUCGUUGAUCGAAUUGACCGCGAGGAGCUCUGCGGAUCUAAAAUAUCAUGCAAUCUGAAAUACGAACUGGUAUUAGAAAAUCCACUAGAGCUACAUCAGGUAUCUCUCCACAUUGAAGACUUAAAUGACAACUCACCUGUUUUUCCAAUGAAUGAAAUUAAAUUUGAAAUAGCGGAAUCCGCAGUUAAAGGUGCCCGAUUUCCUUUAGAUGAGGCACAUGACGCCGAUGUAGGUCGAAACGGCAUACAGAGCUACUCUCUGGAGAAGAAUGACCAUUUUACCUUAGCUGUGCAUGCCAAUUCUGAUGGUGGAAGAUACAGCGAAUUGGUUUUAGGUAAAGAGCUCGAUCGUGAGCAACAGCAGGAACUAGCACUGCUGCUCACUGUUACUGACGGGGGAACUCCGCAGAGAUCGAGUACUGUGUCCAUACAUGUCACUGUCUUAGAUACUAACGAUAAUUUACCAGUGUUCACUCAGCAAAUAUAUGAGGUGAACCUACUUGAAAAUUCCCCUUUAAGUACUGUAAUUGUUACGGUUAGUGCAACAGAUGCAGAUGACGGAGCAAAUGGCGAGGUCACAUAUGGAUUCAAUCGUAUAUCUGAUAAAGCAGCAAGACUCUUUUCAGUAGAUAGCAUGAGUGGGGAAAUUAAGGUUAUUGGACCCAUUGACUUUGAAGAAAAAAGGGAACAUGAAAUACGUGUUCAGGCAAAAGAUGGUGCAGGACUAGCCUCUACUGCCAAGGUUGUUAUACAUAUUGUGGAUGUCAAUGAUAAUGUGCCAGUUAUAUUUCUGAAGUCAUUCAAGAAUCAGGUUUUGGAGCAUGCUUUGCCUGGCACAGAAGUGGGCUUGAUUUAUGUGCAGGAUAAGGAUUCAGAGGGAAAUAGACAGGUACAUUGCACUAUUCAGGAAAAUGUUCCAUUUAAAUUAAAUCCAUCUAUUAAGAAUUAUUAUUCAUUAGUUACAACAGCUGAACUUGAUCGUGAAAUUGUCAAUGAUUAUAAUAUUACAAUUGUGGCAACAGACGAAGGCAAUCCACCAUUAUCUUCUUCCAAGACAAUCCAUCUCUCUGUGUCUGAUAUAAAUGAUAACGCACCUGUAUUUGAGGAGCAGUCCUACAGCACAUAUGUGACUGAGAAUAACAAGCCUGGCUCCUCUGUCUGUUCUGUUACUGCGAGAGACCCAGACUGGAGACAGAAUGGCACAGUGUUCUACUCUCUGUUGCCCAGUGAGGUCAAUGGUGUUCCAGUCUCCUCAUAUUUAUCCAUAAAUGGAGACACAGGGGUGAUCCAUGCUGUGAGGCCCUUUGACUAUGAGCAGUUCAGAAGCUUCAAAGUUCAGGUUGUAGCCAGAGACAAUGGUUCUCCUCCACUCAGCAGCAAUGUGACUGUGAGUGUGUUCAUAACAGAUGAGAAUGAUAACUCUCCUCAGAUAUUAUACCCUACUCCAGAAGGAAACUCCUUCAUGACUGAGAUGGUUCCUAAAGCUGCUCUUUCUGGCUCGCUGGUUUCCAAAGUGAUCGCUGUUGAUGCUGACUCUGGACAGAACGCGUGGCUGUCAUAUCAGAUCGUGAAGUCAACUGAUCCGGGACUUUUCACUAUUGGUCUCCACAGUGGAGAGAUCAGGGCUCAGAGGGACAUUUCUGAAUCUGACAGCAUGAAGCAGAACCUUGUGAUCUCAGUGAAAGAUAACGGACAGCCCUCUCUCUCUACAACCUGUGCCGUAUAUUUACUCAUCUCUGAUAACUUGGCUGAAGUUCCUGAACUGAAAGACAUGUCUUAUGAGGAGAACAAUUCUAAACUGACAUCUUAUCUGAUCAUUGCUCUGGUGUCUGUUUCCACUUUCUUCCUUACUUUCAUCAUCCUGAUCAUUGCUGUGAGGUUGUGUCAUAGGAGAAAGCCCAGGCUCUUGUUUGAUGGAGCAGUAGCCAUUCCCAGUGCAUAUUUACCUCCCAACUAUGCAGAUGUUGAUGGAACUGGAACUCUCCGUAGUACUUACAACUAUGACGCCUAUAUGACGACAGGGUCACGUACGAGUGACUUCAAGUUUGUUACAUCCUACAAUGACAACACGCUGCCUUCUGGCACCACUCUGAAGAGGAGCCCAGUUGACAACAGUGACUGUCUUAACUUCACUUCACUUGACUUCAUUGAGAAGGGAUCAAAAUGCUCCACUCUGCAUUAG